AUGGGGUUUCCGAUUUUACCGGUAGUCAAUGAAGUCUCAGAACUAGCGGAAAAGUCCUUUGUUGCUUUAGCCGGGCAAUUGUUAAUUGAUGGCACUCAACCUGCUACUGCUAUUUCAAAUGUAUUUACUGAGUAUCCAAAUUUGGCAUCAGUAUUCGUUGCAUACAGGAACCAGACGUACACGACUGAAGAAGCUAUCACUAUGUUGAAUUCGGGGGUUGAAGCCUUAUUUGUUGAUCAUGCAGCUGACGCAGAGUCUUUGGCAUCGAGUGGGGUUCCUAUUGAAAGACUGUUUGUCCUUGAAGAAGGCGUCUAUGUCUGUGGACAUAAAAGCGGAAGAAGCUUCCAGUUAAGUGAUAUCGUUCCUGUUUCAAGUCUUGAUGUUAAGAAGUUUUCUUCUGCUCUGCUAAAUGUGCUGAAGACUGACCGUGCUGAUAAGCUGUACACAACGGUGGUUAUUGAUGUCUAUGAGCGCUGUUUGGGUUUGGUUUAUUCAUCUAAGGAGUCUAUAAGGAUGGCGAUCGAGAAACAGGCUGGGAUCUACUAUUCGAGGUCACGGAAUGAAAUCUGGACUAAAGGGUUAACUUCAGGUAAUACCCAACGAUUAUUGCAACUGGCAGUGGAUUGUGAUGGUGAUGCCUUGAAGUUCGUUGUUAUUCAGGAAGCAGGACAUACUGAAGAGGCUAAUUUCUGUCACGAAGGGACUAAAUCGUGCUUUGGAAGCUUCCAAAACGGUCUUUUAGGCUUGGAGGAGGUACUGCAAGCUAGAUUGGCUCAAAGUCCCGAAGGCUCUUACACAAAGAGGUUAUUCAAUGACCCUGCGCUAUUAGCUGCUAAGAUUAGAGAGGAAGCAGAAGAGGUUGUUUUGAGUGAUAGUAAAGAAAACUUGGCAUGGGAAGUUGCAGACUUACUAUACUUUGUCAUGACCAAGAUGACUCGUGAAGGAGUUAAGUUGGUCGAUGUGGAACGCAAUCUGAAUAUGAAGCACAGAAUGAUUACAAGGAGGAAAGGGGAUGCAAAAGAGAAGUUCCUCAAUUCUCCACCAGUCUCUUCGCAAGAAAAUACUGACAGACCUAUUAAUCAUAAGAUUCAUCUAAAAGUUGUGGACUCAGAUGACACUAAGCUACUAAAAAGUACGAUUGCAAGACCUAUUAACAAUGCAACUGAUAUGGGUAAUUUAGUGGUUCCGAUCAUAGAAAAUGUUAGGUCAAAGGGUGAUAAGGCCCUUAUUGAAUUGGCAGCUAAGUUUGAUCAUGUAAAACUAGACUCUCCUGUUAUUGAAGCUCCUUUCGCUGAAGAGUAUUUGGUAGGUUUGACGCCAGAAGUGAAAGAAGCGAUAGAUAUAUCUAUGGAAAACGUGCGCACCUUCCAUGCUGCACAAUUGCAGACAGAAACCCUAGUUGUAGAGACCCAACCGGGUGUUGUUUGCUCCAGGUUCUCCAGGCCAAUCGAAAAGGUGGGUCUUUAUGUUCCUGGAGGAACUGCUAUAUUGCCAAGCACUGCGUUUAUGCUUGGUGUACCUGCACAGGUUGCCGGCUGCAAAGAAAUCAUAAUUGCAUCUCCUCCACGGAAAUCAGACGGCAAAGUUUCCCCCGAGGUUGUGUACGUAGCUUCUAAGGUUGGAGCUUCAAAGAUUGUUUUGGCAGGAGGAGCUCAAGCUAUUGCUGCGAUGGCCUAUGGUACGGAAUCAGUUCCAAAAGUGGAUAAAAUACUAGGCCCUGGAAACCAAUUUGUGACUGCAGCAAAGAUGUAUGUGCAGAAUGACACUGCAGCGUUGUGCUCAAUUGACAUGCCUGCUGGGCCCUCCGAAGUUCUGGUUAUUUGCGAUGAGACCGCCGAUUCCGACUUCGUCGCUUCUGAUCUCCUCUCGCAAGCAGAACACGGGGUGGACUCACAGGUAAUAUUAAUUGGGGUACAGCUAACAUCAUCGAAAAUUCAAAACAUUCAAGAUGCGCUCCACAAGCAGGCUCUGCAGCUUCCUCGGCUGGAAAUCGUUCGCAAAUGUAUUGAACAUAGCGCGCUAAUAUUAACCCCUACUAUAGAACAGGCUUUUGAGAUAUCAAACAGCUAUGCUCCAGAACAUUUGAUUUUACAGGUAAAAUCAGCUUCUGAUUACUUACCUCUAGUCCAAAAUGCUGGAAGUGUGUUUGUCGGCCAAUAUUCGCCGGAAUCAUGUGGUGACUACUCUAGUGGCACUAAUCACACACUCCCAACUUAUGGAUAUGCUGCACAGUACAGUGGAGUGAACACUUCCACAUUCCAAAAGUUCAUUACAUCGCAAGAAAUUUCCCCAGAAGGACUGUCGAAGAUAGGGCCUGCAGUAAUGAGUAUCGCAGCAGUAGAAGGAUUAGAUGCUCAUAAGAACGCUGUCAAGAUCAGAAUGCAAAAGCUAAAUCUACUGAAUGAUUACCAAUAG